AUGAGAUUUGAGGCCUUUCUACUUUUCCUCAUAUUUCAUGUCUCACCUGCACAGGCACACGCUCGCAGAAUAUGUUACUCUUCAGACCGUCAUGGUCAUCGUCAUCAGUCAGAUCUCCUGAAGCAUCUUCUUAUUCUUACGACCAGGGGAGUUGGAAGAUCACUUCUUCAGGAUAUUUCAUUUCCUUUUCUUGUUGUUAAUUGUUCUUGUUGUUAUCUAUGUAUAACCGGUUGGGCUUAG